UUUCUUCCUUUGUUUUUCAUCCACUUCCAACUAUUAUGUCAUACUUAUCCGCUGAAAAAGCAGAGUCUGAAUUAGCUCAAAGUAUCAAAAAGGCCACUAGUAUUGAAGAAACUGCUCCUAAACAAAAACAUGUUCGAAAAUGUAUUGUUUAUACAUGGGAUCAUCGUACUUCUGCUAUUAUCUGGAAUAUAUUGAAAGUACAACCUGUUUUAUCUGAUGAAGUACAAACAUUCAAGUCUCUUAUUACUGUUCACAAGAUUAUCAAAGAUGGUCAUCCAAACGUUAUCAAAGAUGCUCUUCGUGAAACUGGUUGGUUGGAAACUUGUGCUCGAAGUGUUUCUGGUGAAGGUGUUCGUGGUUAUGGAAAUUUGAUACGUCAAUACGUUGACCUUUUACUUCAUAAACUUCAAUAUCAUCGUGAUCAUCCAGAAUUCAAUGGUACCUUUGAUUAUGAAGAAUAUAUUAGUUUGAAGAAUAUUGAUGAUCCAAAUGAAGGGUUUGAAACAAUCAAUGAUCUUAUGGUAUUGCAAGAUCGUAUUGAUCGAUUCCAAAAAGUAGUCUUCUCUAGCUUCCGAAUGCACUCCAAUAAUGAAUGUCGUAUUGCUUCUUUGGUACCAUUGGUAGAAGAAAGUUAUGGAAUUUAUAAAUUUAUCACUAGUAUGCUUCGAGCUAUGCAUAAACGUACUGAUGCUGCUGAUGCCCUUCAACCUUUACGUCAAAAAUUUAAUUCUCAACAUUACAAUCUUCUCAAGUUUUAUUAUGAAUGCUCCAAUCUCAGAUAUCUCACUAGUUUGAUCAAGGUUCCCAACUUAUCACCCGAUCCACCAUCAUUGAUUGAUGCUGCUACUCCAACUUUACCAAAAAGACCUGAAAUAGAAAAUGUUCCUGCUGCUCAACCAUCUCCUGAACCUGUUAUUGAUUUCUGGUCUGAACAACAAGCUCAACAACAACGUGAAUAUGAAGAUCAACAGAAACGUUUAGCUCAACAACAUGCUGAAGAACAAGAACGUAUUCGACAACAACAAGCUCAACAACAACGGGAAUUUGAAGAACAACAACGAUUGUUGGCUGAAAGGGAACGUAUGCAACAAGAAGAACUUCUUCGUCAACAAAUGCAAAAUCAUCAAGCUGGAAGAAUAAAUGAUUUAGAAAUGCAACUUUUGAAUUAUCGCAAUCAACUCGAACGUGAUCAGAUGUUAUUGGAACAAUACGAUAGAAGAGUGAAGGCAUUAGAACAAGAACUACAACUUAUCAAUACCAAUGCUCAACAACGUGAUGCUUCUAAAGAUGAAUUGAUUCGUUCUCUUCAAAAUGAAAUACAAAUGUGGAAGAAUAAGUAUGAAGCCUUGGCCAAGCUUUACAGUCAAUUACGAAAGGAACAUAUCGACCUUCUCAAUAAGUAUAAGCAAUUACAAGUCAAGGCCAACUCUGCGCAGGAAGCAACUGAGAAAUUGGAACGUAUGCAAGCUGAUAUGCGUGCAAAAAAUACUGAAUUGGCUGAUCUUAUUCGUGAACGUGAUCGUGCUCGUAAUGAAUUGGCAAGACUUCAAGGGAAUCAACGUGAUGAUAUGGAAAGACUGCAACGGGAAUUGGAUGAUGCUCGAUCAGAAGUACAACGUAUGGGCAAAUCAAAGGGUGAUGAAGUUAGUACUCUUUUGAUGAAAUUCAACAGGGAAAAAGCAGAUUUGGAAGCAAGUCUCAACGAGAAACAAGCUUUGAUUGAUGAAUUCUUACGACAACUCGAAGAUCAACAAGGAGAUGCGGAUCAUAUUAGAAGGGAAAAGGAUGAAGAAAUCGCCGUCUUACAAGCUGGUAUGGAUGAAUGCUUGGCACAAUUGGCAGCUUUACAACAGAAUGAUCGACAAGCGGAUCUUCAAGAGGAAUUGGAGCGAUUGGAAACUCAACAAACCGAUAAACUCAAUCAAAUUUUAGAUAGUAUUCUUAGUACCUGUAUCCAAAAGAUCAAUGAUGGUGUCUAUGAACUUGAAACACCUGGACAACAUGGCAAUGAAAACGCAACACCAGAAUUGACAUUAUCGAUGAUCGAACGUGCCAGUAUUACCUCAGUCGAAUUUAUGUCAGCAUUCAGCAAAUUCUUGGAUGGAAGCAACAGUGGUGAUCAUACAAGUACUAUUACUCGAGCACUCAACUUUGCGGAUACAAUCAAUGAUGUUCUUAUACACGCCAAGGGAAUUACGCGACUUGUGGUAGAUGAUGAAGAUAUCGAUGAAAUCAUCAAAUCAGCACGACUAUCGGCAGAAUCAUGUAUCCAAUACUUUAGCAGUGUGAUGUCAACAUAUUUGAACAUGCUUCCAAGAGCUCAACGACCUGAAGUGGUGAUCCAAGGUAAUAUGCGGGUACAGGAAGCCUUGAUGAAACUAUCAACAAAGACGGAAGAUUUGAUCUUGACGGGUGCGACCGAUAUCAAUAAGCUCGCUGAAGGUGAAGUAGGUGAUUUGGUGGAACAAGAAAUGUCCAAUGCUGCACGUGCUAUUGAAGAAGCUACUGCCAAGAUUCAAGCUUUAAUGCGUCGUCCUGCCAAUCCUGAAUUCUCAGCCACCGAUAUCCAAGUCCAUGAACUCCUUCUCAAUUCGGUACUUGUUCUCACCAAUGCCAUUGCUAACUUGAUCAAAUGUGCUACUGCCUCUCAACAAGAAAUUGUGGCUCAAGGACGUGGUACCUCAUCUAAAGCUGCCUUUUACAAGAAACAUAAUCGAUGGACGGAAGGUUUGAUCUCUGCAGCUAAGGCUGUGGCUAUGGCAACCAACUUACUAGUAGAAGCUGCUGAUGGUGUGAUCAGUAAAACACAUUCCCUGGAACAGUUGAUUGUGGCAUCCAACGAAGUAUCAGCGGCAACAGCUCAAUUGGUGGCUGCUUCUCGAGUCAAAUCCUCCUUUAUGUCUCGUACUCAAGAACGUUUGGAAGUAGCGGCAAAGACUGUAAAGGAUGCUGCAGCUGAAUUGGUUAAACAAGUCAAGAAUUUGGUGGCUCAAAAGAGUGACAAUAUUGAUAUUGAUUUUAACAAAUUAUCUGUGCAUGAAUUCAAACGUCGGGAAAUGGAACAACAGGUCAAGAUUCUCCAAUUGGAUUCGGAACUCACCAAUGCUCGUCGUAUACUUGCUGAAAUGCGAAGAAGUGGUUAUCAUACAGAAGAAACGGAUUAGUCAUAUCUUCAAGUUUUUAGUUAGUCAGUCAAUUAGUGUUGUCUUGAUACCAUCAGCAACGGAUCAUUUAAUGACCGAUUUUUUUUUUGGUUUCACAAUGUAAAAAUAUAAAAAAUAAAAUUUCACUUGAUAAUACAAAA